AUGGACCAACGCUGGGAGUUCCUCGCUCCGUGGUGGAAGGCGUUAAAGCCCUGCAUUAGCUUCACCCUUCCAGAGACUGCCACCGCUGAUGAGUAUGUCUGGCAAGUCCCUGACAUCGUUCUCAAAGUGACCAUGGCAACCCGCCGAGGCUCGAGCCAAAAUGAAGGAACUUUCCGGAAAAAAUUCCAAAUGGUGCAGGAGGCGCUGGCGCUGCUCGUAGCAGUCGAACACGCAGACUACCUCGUGUACGACGACAUCCUCACUUAUGGUUGCGGGAUCACGCGAAGCAGAUCUGGAGAAGAACUCGACGCGGCGUGGAUAGCGGCCAAGUUCUUGCUCGAUGUGGAUGUGAACAGGUUCGAGAACGAGACCGACGACGAGGCUAUCGCGUAUGAUCUCGUCCGUCUCUGCGGCACGCAUCAGCGUGAACACCCCAGCGAGGAAUACCUGGCGGCUUUGAGUCAGGUCGCAGCUCUUGACAAGAACUUCGAGCCAGGGGAGCCGGGCGUGGAUAUCAAAAUUCCGGUGAAACUGCAGUUUUCAAGCCACACCAGAGUAAUAUCCGACUUGGCCUCACGUGAUGACGCCAAGAAACUAUCAGAUAUCGCAAAGGCGGACGCGAGACGCAGUGGGCGGCAUACGCUGAGGGUGAGGAGGAAAGGGCUUUGGAGCCAGGGACACUUCGCUGUACGACAGACGUCUACUGAGCAGUAA